AUGAUCUGCAUCGGCGUCCCUGUCGUCCGCCCGCUCUACAAAGGCUUCAUCAACAAGCUCAUCUCCCGCGCGACCCGGUCUACUUCCGGAUACAAGAAGCAAGCGCCCGACCCUCCAUACGGACUCAAGACCUUCGGUGGGAGCCCAAUGCCUGGAGCCAGCCAGUGGCAGGCAACUGAUGGGAAGGAGGCUGCCACGGAUAGGAUGAAGGGACAUUUUACAAACACGAAGGCUGUUGGUGGGAAGAGUAUGCCGGAUAAUACGAGUGAUGAAGAGAUUUUGGGCGAGUAUCGUGCCGAGGUGAAGAAUGAUGCGGUGGAUGGGGGGGAGGGAAUAUCCAGCCGUCGCUGGCUGGGUCGAGAGGUGAACACAUCGAUCCACAAGAAGAAGUAA